AUGGAGAUCCCUGCGCCCCAGCCCCAGCCGGUGAAGCAGGAGGGCCCGGCCGCCGAGCUGCUGGUGCUGGACUCGCCGUGGCACCGCUUCCGCCGCUUCCACCUGGGCGACGCGCCGGGCCCGCGGGAGGCGCUGGGGCUGCUGCGCGCGCUGUGCCGGGCCUGGCUGCAGCCCGAGCUGCGCACCAAGGAGCAGAUGCUGGAGCUGCUGGUGCUGGAGCAGUUCCUGAGCGCCUUCCCCGCCGACGUGCAGGCCUGGGUGUGCAGCCGGCGGCCGCAGAGCGGCGAGGAGGCGCUGGCGCUGCUGGAGGAGCUCUGGGGACCAGGGAUGCGGGGCCCCCGGGAGGGGACGGAGGGGGCCGGGGUCGGCCUCCAGAAGGACGACAGCGGGAUGAUGGCGCUAGGAGACGCCGUCCCGGGAGCUGAGGACCCGGCCGCCGGGGACGCCCAGGCCGCGCGGCCCUACAAGCAGGAGCCGGGCAGCCCCCCGCUGGCGCCGCCCGCGCUGCCCGCGCCCGCCCUGCCCGCGCUGCUGGCCGCCGCCGCCGCGGGCACCGUGUCCUGCCCCGAGUGCGGCAAGACGGCGCUGAAGCCGGCGCACCUGCUGCGCCACCGGCAGAGCCACUCGGCCGAGAAGCCGCACGCCUGCCCCGAGUGCGGCAAGGCCUUCCGGCGCAAGGAGCACCUGCGGCGCCACCGCGGCACGCACCCCGGCGGCCCCGCCUGCCCCGGGCCCGCGCUGCGCCCGCUGCCGGCCCGCGAGCGGCCGCACGCCUGCUGCGAGUGCGGCAAGACCUUCUACUGGCGGGAGCACCUGGUGCGCCACCGCAAGACGCACUCGGGCGCGCGGCCCUUCGCCUGCUGGCAGUGCGGCAAGGGCUUCGGCCGCCGCGAGCACCUGCUGCGCCACCAGCGCAUCCACGGCCGCGCGGCGGCGGCGGCAGCGGCUGCAGCGGCGGCGGCGGCCACCGGGGCGCCGGGCCCCGAGGGCGGGGGGCCCUUCCCGCCGUGGCCGCUGGGGUAG